CGCUUUUCAGAUCCCGAGACAUCUAGAGAGUAUCACCAAGGGGCCUUUUUAAUGUCCCUGCUCCUUUUAAUGGAAGAACUUGGUCUCAUUUCUAGGAAGAUAGCUUACCUAGGGGAAACAGGGUCACACCAUGGAUGGUACACUCACAUGCUAGGACAUGCGGACCCCUCUAAAAAUGUGAUAGGUGAUCAGAGCAGGGGUACUUCCAAGGAGGCUGAUAUUAUCAGAAAACUUUGGAAGACCAGAGUCCUACUCUGCUUUGGUCUUCUUGCAAGUGCCGGACCAUUCAGUCACCAAAUUUUGCCUGAGCAUCUUCUGAGUAAGAUGCUCUUCUCGGGCAGGGGAAGGAAUGAGGGCUAGAAAGAUAGGCCAGGGUCCUUGUUCAUGAGAAUAAUUGCCAUAAGAUGUGGACGAGCGGUCUUGGCUGCUUCGUUACUGAAGAGCUGACGGAACCCCGGGACAGGGCCUGCCUUGGGGGACCAGAUGCUGUAUCUGGGCCAAAGCUCCGCCUGCAGGGCAGGUCGCCAGAACUUGGAAGGAAUUCUCUUCCGCAGCCCAGGGUCCAGGCUUGGCCCCAGCAAGCUACCCUGCCAGCCUCUGCUGCCUGGGGCCUCGCGCAUUCCGCGCCCCCGCUCCCUCCGCCCCUCUCUCGGCCUCGCCCCCUCCCUUGUCCCCUUCUCCUCCCCCCACCAGCUGUCCCCUUUGCCCAGAGCAGCGAGACAGCCGGAGCCUGGGAAGUGGCGGCUUCGGGCCGGAGGGGGCGUGAUGGGGAAGGGGAGGAGGGGCGUGGAUGAGGGGAUAAGGAGGCCCGGGCGGCGGGCGCCCCCAGCCACUGCGCUUCCCGCCCGAGAGCUGGGUGCCGCCGCCAACGCUCACUUGCUUCCCCUCGCUCAGGGGGAAAGGUCAGCAGCGUCCUGGAGCCGCCGUGUCACUCCCCGACAGCCAUGAACUGCAGCGAGAGCCAGCGGCUGCGAACCCUCCUGAGCCGCCUGCUGCUAGAGCUGCACCACCGGGGCAACGCCAGCGGCCUGGACCCCGGCCCCGGCCCGAGCAUGGGCAUGGGGGUCGUUCCUGAUCCCUUCGUGGGCCGCGAAGUGACCAGCGCCAAGGGCGACGACGCCUAUCUCUACAUCCUGCUCAUCAUGAUCUUCUACGCCUGCCUGGCCGGUGGCCUCAUCCUGGCCUACACCCGCUCCCGCAAACUCAUCGAGGCCAAGGACGAGCCUUCCCAGGCCUGCACCGAGCACGAGUGGGCCGCGGGUGGCGCAGCGGCCGCCACCGACGCCGAGACUGCCGCCGGCUCGCCGGCCGAGGGCCGCCGCCUCGCCCCUGGGGGGCUGCCCGCCCUCACCCCAGGCACCGUCGGGGUUUAGAACCACAGCCCCAGCUUGCUUGCUUGCUCGCUCGCUGCGCCCUCCUCGUCUCGCUUGUCCCUGGGCGUGGCGCCCGCCUUUUCCUUUCCUCCCCUUCCAGGGUUUGCCUCACCUGAGGCCCAGACAAUGAUGAGAGGCCAGGAGACCUUCCAAGGCCCUCGAAGAAGCACCACACGUCCUGGCCACUUUCUCCCUCCUCUCCCUCCUCUUCCCCCAUGCCUCCACACCCAUCCCACACAUCCAACUGCACUAAACUGCUUCUGCUCUCUUGUCUGCAGACAGCCCUGGCACCACGCUCCAGCCCUCUGGGAACUGAAUCCAACACGUCGAACACUUGGCAAUGAACUGAAGCAAUGAAGUCUAUCAGAACUCUGGGCCGUCUAACUGGCAGCUGCUCCAGGGACUGCCAGGGACUGCUCACUCUACAGAGCCAACGGGCUUGCCAUCACUGCCAGGCUGGCUGCAGCAACUCCAGCUUCCUGUCGCCUUAGGGACAGAGACAAAGGAAAUGAAGAGACCUCAGACAUCUUUUCCCUCCCUCCCUCCCUCCCUUCCUCUUUCAGAAGGGAGCUAGCAGGACACUAGGACCAGUCUGUGGGAUAGAAUGGACUUAAUGGGGACUGAAAGGGGCGGGGGACUCAAAGAGGAGGGAAGACCUAUGACCCCUUCUGUAUGGUUUUGUUGCAUCCACUUGUCAUCCCAAAGGUAACUUGCCUGAUUUUUAGUAGCUUUGCCAUCUUCUGCCAUGGGUAAACAUUGCUGGGUGCGUCACCCCAAUACUUCCAAAUGCCUCUCCUAUGUUGAUUCAGUUGUUAUGGCAGCUGUCUGCUUCAUCCAUGGAACGUGAGGCUUAGAUGUCCCCUCCUCUGUAACCUGGGGAAUGUCAGAGGCAGGUAAUAAAGGUUGUUUAAACAAUAA